GAGAGACAUAUGAUUUGACACAAUUGUUGGUUAUUGAAUAUGCAACAGCAAAGAAGUUCAUCUGGGAUAUCACAAAGUCCUAGAUCUCCAUCUUCACAACCUCCGUUCCUAUUGGUAUCAGUCACUGAUCCGGCUAAAAUGGGCAAUGGUGUCCAAGCUUAUAUCUCCUACAAAGUCAUCACUAAGACAAACUUACCUGAAUAUCAAGGACCAGAAAAAAUUGUUAUUCGGCGCUAUAGUGAUUUUGUGUGGCUACAUGAUCGUAUUUUUGAGAAGUACAAGGGUAUCUUUUUUCCUCCUCUUCCAGAGAAGAACACUGUAGAGAAGUUUAGAUUCAGUACCGAAUUCAUUGAAAUGAGGCGUCAAGCAUUGGAUGUGUUUAUUAACCGGAUAGCUUUACAUCAUGAGCUCCAGCAGAGUGAGGAUCUGAGAACCUUUUUGCAGGCAGAUGAGCAGACAAUGGAGAGAGCAAGGUCUCAGGAGACUGGGAUUUUUAAAAAGAAGCCCACUGAUUUGAUGCAAAUCUUCAGGGAUGUGCAAUCUAAGGUGAGUGAUGUUGUUCUUGGAAAGGAAAAGCCAGUUGAAGAAUCGAAUCCUGAAUAUGAGAAACUGAAACGAUACAUCUUUGAGCUCGAAGAUCACCUAGCUGAAGCUCAGAAACAUGCAUAUCGUCUGGUAAAGAGGCACAGAGAGUUGGGGCAAUCACUGUCUGAUUUUGGGAAGGCAGUCAAGCUCCUUGGCGACUUUGAAGGAAACGCUCUUGGGAAGGCGUUUUCUGAGCUUGGAGCAAAAUCAGAGAUGUUAUCAGUUAAGCUUCAGAGGGAGGCCCACCACCUCUUGAUGAACUUUGAAGAACCUCUAAAAGACUAUGUUCGUGCUGUGCAAUCUAUCAAAUCCACCAUUGCAGAGAGAGCCAAUGCUUUCAGGCAGCAGUGUGAACUCAAUGAAACUUUUAAGCUGAAGGAAAUAGAUCUGAACAAACUUAAAUUAACACGGUCAGAAAGGAUGGCUGAGGCUGAGCACGAGUAUGAAGAGCUGAAAGCUGAUAGUGAGGAAGCGACAAGAAGAUUUGAGACAAUAGUGCGGCUGAUGAACAAAGAGAUUGUGCGAUUCCAAGAACAAAAAACAUUAGAUAUGGGGCUUGCUUUCCAUGAAUUUGCAAAGGGACAGGCACGUCUGGCAAAUGGUAUUGCUGAUGCCUGGCGAAGUCUCCUUCCCAAGCUUGAAGCUUGCUCUUCCGCAUAA